AUGUCGGACCGAGAGAGCGGAGACGAGCAACAACAGCCGCAGGCCCAAGAAGCUUCAGAUCCUGGAGGGUCUGCGGAGCAGGAGUUGGCUACGCGUACACUUCACAUUCAGUCAAAGAGGUUUUACCUAGAUGUGAAGCAGAAUAGACGUGGCCGCUUCAUUAAGGUGGCAGAGGUCGGGGCAGGAGGCAAGAAAAGCCGUCUCCUCUUGGCUAUGUCGUCAGCAGCAGAGUUCAGAGAUUUCUUGUCUGAAUUUGCGGAUCAUUAUGCUUCACUGGGUCCAACCAACUCAGAGACGCCCCCAGAGGAUGGGAAGCUGAAGAGUGAGAUGAUUGUGAAGGAUAACCGCCGCUACUACCUGGACUUGAAGGAGAAUCAGCGCGGCAGAUUUCUCAGGGUUUCUGAACAGGUGUCUCAAACAAUCCCACGUGGAGGUCCCCGCUCACAGAUUGCCAUCCCUGCCCAGGGUAUGAUCGAGUUCAGGGAUGCACUCACAGAGCUGUUGGAGGAGUUUGGCACAGAUGACCAAGAGCCACAAAACGACUUGCCAGAAAGUCGGUCAAUGCGAGUGGAGAACAAGAUGUUCUACUUUGAUGUGGGCUCUAACAGACGAGGGGUCUACCUCCGCGUCUCUGAGGUGAGUGUCAGAAACAAUUUCCGUACGGCAAUCACCAUUCCAGAGCGGUCCUGGGGACGGUUCCGCGACAUCAUCUCCGAGUUUGCGGACAAGUCAAGUGCAAAGCCGGAGUCUGAAUAA